UGGAUAUUGAAGGUACCCCGUGCAAACUUUAUGGUCUCGUGUGCUACCGAGAAUUCUUCAAUGCAGAAUCAAACAUCGACUACAAAUCAGCUAAGCAGCCCAGCAAAACGUGGCUCAUAUUCAGCUUACAAUAAAGGUCAAACGCUAUCGCCUGGUCAAUCACAACAGCAACACCAUCAGUCUCAACAGCAGCAGCAACAACAAGUAUGGCCGUCAUCAUUACCACCGGGUUGGAGGCGUGAAGAACGUAUGCGACCAAAAGGUUUGUGCACCGGGAAAUCAUAUGUUUACUACAUUAGUCCUCAAAACCAAAUUGUUCGUAGCAAACGCGAAAUGCAAACCAUCCUAGGCGACAAUUAUGAUGUUGGUUUGUUCGAUUGGAGAUUGGGAAAAUUCACGCUGAAUCGUCGAUCUAAGCAAUCUGGGGAACAGGCAACAGACGCUUCCUCAGCUAAAGAUAAUCGGUCUUUGCUUUCAAUGAGACGAUGUCCAUAUCCAAUACAUGAAAUUCAACCUGUUAUGGUCCGAUCUCAUCCGGUAUGUAAACGAAUAGAUGGGGAGGAUGGAAAUCAAGAAGCACCUCGUCAAUUAUUUUGGGAGAAACGACUGGCUGGUAAUGUGGCCGUUGAUGCUGAAACUGGUGAACCGUUUAAACCAAUCUCUUUGCCCAGCGGAAUUCAGAGUGCUGGAGUACCUGGUUAUCAACCUUCUCAAUUAGUUCAAAGUUUAGUUCAUGCCUUGACAAAUGAAAAUACUCCAGUCAUUGGUCAGGAACAAGAUCUCUCAGAUAUUGAGAAUGAUCCAUGUGCCACGAUAAAUCCCUCGCAACCAAUGAUUAAAAGUUGGUUUAUAGGGAUUUGACUUGGUUUCAAGUUUGACAACGGAUUGAUAUCGGUUAGAGAAGCAUUGAAAACCAGACAGUAACUGGAAAGCUGUUUCGUCCUAAUCCGAGACUCAUUGGCAGUACGAAGCCACCGGAUUUCGAACUCAGGAGCUUCCAAUUACAAGACAAGCUCGUAGACCAUUCAACUGCUGGGGUCUGACUCAUUGGCCCAUGAAUUCUAACUUCUACCAAUUCGUGAUUUUAGCGUGACUAUCAACGAGUGUCAUUGCUGGCGAGUAUUUGUCCUCACUUUCGAAUGGAUGGUUCCAACUGGUCACGAAUUCUCACUAGAACUCCAGGAAGCUCCGUCUUGUAACCAGUUACUAGUGAGCAUCAGACUAAUAAUAAGAAAGUGGGUGAGUGGAUACCGCCGGUGAGUCCCAAACUAGUGCGAAAUAGCUGUCCAGUAUUCCCUGGAUCGUUUUAUUAUAACCCACUAAUGUUAUUCCUGAAAUACUAUUGGACUGUUUUCACAUUGACAUAACUGACUGAGCAAAGAACUCUGAACAGAGAUUGAAGCACUUCAAAUUGUUACAUUCCAUACACAAAGGUAGAGGAAAAGAUUUUAAAAUAUUCAUAAUCGGCAGAAGGAGGAAGAAUAGUGACAUGAGAAACACGAGGACUUGAUGGAUCUGAGAGAUCACAGAGAGUGAAUGAGUCGGCACCACUGAGUACGAUUUGAGGCCAUAUCAUCAAAAGUCUCCAGCCAUUGGUUCUCAGAAUUCCGAGAACCACCACCAGGCAGUCUACACCUUUCUACGUGGCUCACUGAUAUGACAUGCAGAACAUCAGAUCUAAAAAAUUUCUUUUUUACUUUAGAAAACCAUUGAAAGAGUUUCUGUCUACUGAUAGUUGUGGUGGUAAUAUUUCCAUAUCUAUCCUACUCCUAACCAAUAUUCUAUUGCAAUUUUAUAAGAUCAUUUCGUAUACACCCAUAUAACCGACUGAAGGUGGGUAGACUUCGGUCUUCUUAUCGAGAUGCUCUCAUGUGCCACUCGUUCAUAGUUUCUACCAGAUAAGUCCUGUGCACUAACUUCAUGCGGUUGAGGUAUUCCUCACAAACACCUAACAUCCCUAUCCGUGACCUUAGUUGAGAUGUUGCUGUGGUGCAUGCUAAGAGGGGAUUGUCCAUACUAAUUGGUACUUGUUGUUGUUGUCCGUUAUUAGCAAUCUUUGCUAUCUCUCGCAUUUUUUGCCUCCAAACUCUUAUUCCAUCUUUUUGGUUUCUAAAACAAGCAAUAUAGGUUAAUAAAGCAGGGUUUUUUGUUUCUGUGUGUAGUUAUUCCAGUUUCAGUGAAAUUAUAUAUAAAUCAUGCACAGAGUCCAAGUAUUCCAGAGACUUCUUCUUGGUCCAGCGUAAACUCCACAGCAAAAGUAUAUUGUGGAGUUACAUUUCCACUUAUUAACAUACACAGAGUGCACACCCAUCACAAGCACGUGGUCCGAGGUUUGAUCCUCGACCGACUCACUCCUUCACCUCACCAAGCCAGUAGUAAGACUGAUAAAGGGGG